AUGACUGUGGGAGAGAAAAUUAGUGGUGGCUCAUCGUGGAGCAGGGAUGAUGAUAUUGCUUUUGAGAGAGCUCUUGCAACUUAUACCGACGAAACUGAUAAGAAUCGUUGGGACAAGAUUGCUGCAGUUGUUCCAGGAAAAACCGUAGAGCAGAUUGUAGAACACUACGAUAUUUUACUUGACGAUGUUAAGAUGAUUGAAUCUGGGUGUGUACCUCUUCCUGAUUAUGAUUUUUCAGAAGAAACAAAUGAUAAAGAAACAAGCAAUUUGGAGUGUGGCAACAAUCGCAAAUGUGAGUAUAAGCAAGAAGAAGAACCAAAACUAAUGCAAAACCGACGAAAGGGGAUUGCUUGGACAUCGAAUGAACACAGGCAAUUUCUUCUUGGUUUGGAGAAAUAUGGGAAAGGUGAUUGGCGCAGCAUUUCUCGUGACUUUGUAGUGACAAGAACACCAACUCAAGUUGGAAGUCAUGCUCAGAAAUACUUCGCACGUCUAAACUCUAAGAACAAACACAAACAGAGACCAAGCAUUUAUGACGUCAGCGUUACAUAUGGCACACCAACCAUAUGGAACACACCACCAUCAACUUCACAACCAUCUCUAGGUCUUCCUGUCUAUGGGACAGUACCCACCAUGUGGAACACGCAAGCGGCUUCGCAACCAUUGGUACAUAUUCCUCCUACGUAUGGCACGCCCACCAUAGGCCCAUCAAUGGUUGGAGUUAGACCAGUGGUCUUACCUUUUGGAAUGGUUGGACCUCACAUGGCUUACGGAGUUCACCAUCAUCCAGUACCUCCUAACUCCACCGUCUCCACGGUUCACAGUGAACCGAUGAACAUUAAUCCGUAA